GUCAAUUUUUCUGUCAUGCAAAUGUAUAGGUUAUAUAUUUGAAGUUUGUUAACUGCUUCUUUCGGCCUAGGCAUCAAUAUAUGUACUAGAUCGAUUUUGAUUUCACCGUUGUAACGUUUAAUUAUUAGUUUAGUUUCUCAAAUAUGCUUGAAAAUGAGGAAGAUUGGUUGUAUGAUUCAAUUUCAAGGUACAAACAAAUAAACAUGUUCGAGUUGGAAUAUCCUGUUCAUCACUUGGAGACCACCAAUUACAACAGCAUCUGUGUGUCAUGUUCAAAUAACAGGCGGCAUCAACUUAUAGAACUAUCUCUCCCGUUGAAACUGACAUCCCAAACCAAAGGUUCUGAAGAUCUAAUAACUAAUGAUACUGAUUUAAAAAUAAAGUGUGGAACUUUUACUCAAGCGCCAGUAGCUCAUCUGAAGACACUUAGUGCUGGCCACAAAGCAGUUGUUUCACAUAAGAAUACGCAAAGUAUUACAGUAUAUGCAUUUUCUUCGGAUAACUCAGAUGAAAUUAAAGUUGACUAUCUCAUGAAGUGUGAACUGAAAGGUCCGCAAUUGGCUGUGAGCAACACAGAGCUGGCCCUCACCACAAGCAACACCUCCCCCUGGCUAGUCAUGGAUCUCAGCUCAGGCAAGGUUACUGACAGAGUACUCUCUGACCAGCUCCCUAGCAGGCCUGAGGAGUCAGUCUCUCCGAUGUAUUUAGAGUCAAGAUUGGUGGCAUUCUGUCACCAUUCCACAGGACAAGUGCAAUUGUAUGAUAAAAGACAACCAAAAUUGUUAGACAGAAUUAUUGGUGUGAAUGAUGAGAACAACAGCAGCUUGUGGAGUUUUGCCUCGGUGCAUGAAUGUUCCAAGCAAUUCACUAGUGUUGAUCACCCAGUUUGCUUUGGAAUGGUUUCUACCAAUGGAACUUUAAAUGUAUACGAUUCAAGAAAUUGGACUACACCUUGUGCUAGUAAAAACUUAGGUCUGUCAUCACCAGCUUUAACUAAAAAUAAACCCACUUUACAGUUGAAAUUCAAACCUGCCAACAAGAAUUGGGUGUCUGUGUCAGGAUUUGACGCUAAUAUUUAUAUUUAUGACUUGACAGCGCCGCUGGAUUCAGUGUUUGUUCACAACGGACAUAAAUACGUCGAAGGAUUCAACCCCGAGACGAUAACAACAAGCCAUGCUUGGUUUCCAAGUAUAGACGAUCUCAUAAUUUCGGGUGCAGAUAAUGGGACCAUUCAAUCGUGGCAAUUUGAGGACUCAAGGAAACUUACCUCAUGAUCUUAACAUUUUAUCAUCAAAGACUUUUCAGUGAAAAUAUUGUUUAUUGAUUAUCAAUCAGUGACACACCAAAUUAUUUCUUAACACUAGGCUGGGAUAGUUAUUUUGUACUGUAUAUCUUUUGAAAAAAUAUGAAAAAAAAGAUCCUUACAUAAUCUAAACAAGUCUUAGGAAGUUUGUUAUUUUCAGAAAUAGUUUUUAUUUACAUAAUUACUUUUAUUGUGUUUUUUGAUUGUUUAUGUAAGGAGUACAAAAGAAAUAUGCUUUGAGUUCCCUAUAAUGUUAUACUGUAAUUAAAGAAGUUCGAAUUUUGAAAUUAAUAUGAAUGAUACACUAUUAACACUUUUAUAACUAUUUUUUCAUUUAACAUGUACAUUUCAAUUUCAAAUAUAUUGUCCUUUUAGUGUUCAUUCAAAGUUUUAGAAGUAUACAAUUCAAGUAUUAUAAGUGAAUAUGCUUACAAACAUAAUUUUGGAUAAAUUAUAACUAAAUCAAGUUAACGUUUUUACAAAGAAAUUUAUGUAUUUAUAACGAUUAUUGUCUUCUAAGUUUUUAAGAUAAUGGAUUUUCUAAAUGUUUGAAACUGUUAUAAUUAUUAUUACAUACAAACAACAUUGAGAGUUAUUGUCCCAUGUGUUGAGCAAAUUAAACACCUAAACUAAUAAUGCAUCUUCAGUUUGACAUUUGAAAUCUACCUUUAUUCCGACUGAGCCGUAAGGGAUAUUAUAGUUUAAAAUCUUUUAAUCAUAGAAUCAUAAUGCCAUAGAUUUGUAAGACGUAUAAUGUGAUAAAUAAAUAGGUACAGUGAUGUGUAA